GGUCCCUGGAAUGAUUAAUUCUUCAGAGGCCCUGGUGAGCAUUUGCGUUAAAGCAAAUGCAUAUGAACCACCAGUGAUGCCAAUUUUUUCAGGUAAGUAGGAACAUCUUACCGUUUAUGAAGUAUAGUUCAAAUACUGUUCUUACGAUAAUAAUUAACUGUGUAUCAUCAUAUUAAGACUAUUCUGUUUCAUUAUUGCAGAUUUAGAAGCUCCUAGAAUUCAUGCUGGCAUGUCCAAUAACAGCGGAUACAUAGACCCAAUUCAGGAGCAAGGAUCUGAGCCAGAGGAGGCCACAAAGGAUGAUGGGAAUUCCACCUCUUCCAGUCAUCCUUUAGUACUUGACAUCCCUCAGUUUGGCUCAGAUCCAUGUGAUGAAACACAGGGCAUAGAAGGACCAUCUAACAGCCUUGUUGAGCCCAGAUCCCCCACCUCACUUGAAAAUUUCAACCUGGGACAAGUGUUGGGAGAAGGUGGAUUUGGAAGGGUGUUCCUGGCCCAGAACAAAAACACCAAACAACUAUGUGCCAUCAAGGCCUUGGAGAAGGCACAGAUUUUGGAAAAGGGCAACUUGAACAGUGUCUUCAAAGAGAAGGAGAUUCUUCAGAGGAUAAGUCAUGCCGCACACCCGUUCCUGAUAACACUGCACGGAACAUUCCAAACGGAUUCUCACCUCUUCUACGCGAUGGAACAUCUACCUGGAGGUGACAUGUGUGAUUUCCUAAAUCAUGUAGAACUGCAAGAACCUGAUGUGAUGUUUUACACCGCAUGUGUAGUGCUUGGCCUGGAGGCAUUACACCAGAUCGGCAUUGUACAUAGAGAUCUAAAGCUUGAGAAUUUGCUGCUGGACCAGGAGGGAUAUCUGAAAAUCGUUGAUUUCGGCCUCAGCAAAGACAGAUUUGGAUACAGCGACCGUACGAACACCAUGUGCGGCACAAGAACCUACAUGGCCCCAGAGAUCUACAUGAAAAUAGGAUACGGCAUGGCCGCUGACUGGUGGGCCUUGGGAGUCACUGUAUACAUUAUGCUCAUGUAUGAGUUACCAUUCAACGACGAAGAUCCAAUUGAGCUAAUGAAGAGCAUCCGUUAUGAUGAAAUCGAGUUGCCAGAAGACCUAUCAGAGGAUGUCUCUAAUUUUAUAUAUCAACUCUUAGAAAAAGAUCCAGAAUAUCGGCUUGGAUCUGGCGAGGCUGGUGCCGAAAUGAUCAAAGAGCACCCCUUCUUCAGAGAUAUGGACUGGGAACAACUUUUACACCGAAAAAUAAGGCCUCCAUUUGUGCUUAACCACCAAGGCCAUCUGGAGAGCUUGAACGACCCUGAAUGCCAAGCUCCAGCACUGACACCACUUGCUGUUGCAGUUGCCCACGUUAGGAGAUCUAAAGAAGAAGACAUUGAAGAUGGUUUAUAUCUAUAUCCAGCCCAAAAGAAAAGUGAAAAAUAUGAGACCGAGCGGCGACAGCCAAUGGAGAUCUUAUUUAGUGAUGACUAUCAUGGAUUAUGUUCCAUACCUAAUUUGCUUGUCAUGUUCAUUUAA